UGUGAAAAGUCAAAAUUCAAAAUGGCGGAACCCUCAACAAGUUUUGAGGAUGGUGCAUGGUCAAGCGUGAUAAGUCGACUUCCUGCGGAACUUAUCGAGAAAAUCCUGAUGUUUCUCUCUUCGUAUGGGGACCUAGAGCAAGCACGGCUCGUUUGUAGAGUAUGGAAUCGCUUAGUUUCUCGGAUAAUACAACAGAGGCUGCGAAGGUUUUACGAAUGCGUUGCAAAUGGAAAAUUGAACUUUAAGGUUGUUCCGAACACAUCUCGAUUUGCGCCUUCCCCGAGGUUCUCGCACGGGUGUUGUGUGUCGAGGAAUUCAAUGUAUAUUUUUGGGGGAUGUUCACCUUCGAAUACAGCCUUUAAUGACGUCUUUGAGUUGGAUUUAAAAGAUCACAAAUGGACAAGACUUAGAAUCUCCGGCUCGCCCCCACCUCCUAAGGAAUGUGCGACAAUGGUUGCCCAUAAGAAACGCGUUAUAGUGUUUGGCGGCUGGUGCCAGCCGAGCAGGACUGGGUGCGUGUCUAAUGCAAGGUUCCAUAAUGAUGUCCAUAUACUUGAUACUACAACAUUAACUUGGAGCUCACCGUGCAGCAAGGGUGUUGCCACGGGGACAAUACAACCUUGUGAGAGGGCGGGACAUGCUGCGUGUAUUGUUGAGGAUCGAAUGAUUGUUUUUGGUGGAGCUCAGAGACAGUCAAGGUUUAAUGAUGUCUGGGUGCUUGAUUUGAAUGACAUGCAGUGGAGUACACCUCUAGUAAGAGGCAGGCGCCCUUCUGGGAGAUUCGGCCACUCACAGGUUGCAGUCAAUGACAAGACAAUUCUUAUCAUUGGAGGGUGUGGAGGACCAAAUAUGCUUUUCAGUGAUGUCUGGCUACUUGACCUUAUCCAAUGGAGAUGGCAGGAAAUUGAAGUUCGAAACCAGAAAUGGGAAGCACCCCAGCUUUGGUGCCAUCCUGCUGUCCUUGUCCAGGACAAAGUUGUGGCAUUCAGCAUACCACGGCAACAAUCACAGGAUAGUAGUAACCAUGACAACCUGGUCGCUCAUGUCCAGACAUAUAUAUUGGACUGCAGUAAGUUGUUAACUCAAUAUUUCUGCUCCUGGAUGCAACCUGGGGAUAAUUACAAAGCUCCAUUAGCAACGUCAUUGCAUUCUGUGGUUGUAGGACGGGCAGAGUUUGUUAUCUUUGGGGGAAUUCAGUAUUCUUUGAGGCAGAGUAAUUCACAGAAUGUCACAAAUGUGUUAGUGUCUGUCACACCAAGAUGAUCCCUUGUAAGAUCCUUAAAUGAUUCCUUGGAGGAUCUUGAGAAUUAUAUCUUGGAAGAUCCUGAGAAUUAUUUUAUAGAAGAUCCUACAGUGAGAUUUGCCCCUUGGAGGAUCCUCUGAAUUAUCUUAUGAAGCAUCCAAAGAAUUAUCUCUAAAAGAUCCUAAAAAAUAUUUUAUAGAAGAUCCUGAGAAUUAUUCCUUUGAAGAUGCUGAAAAUAAUCCCUUUGAAGACCCUAAGAAUAAUACCUUUGAAGAUCCUAAAAAUUAUCCCUUGAAAGAUCCUGAGAAUUAUCCCUUUGAAGAUCCUAAGAAUUAUCCCUUGAAAGAUCCUGAGAAUUAUCCUAUAGAAGAUCCUAUUAAUUAUCUCUUGGAAGAUCCUGAGAAUCAUCUUUGGAUUAUCCUGAGAAUCAUCUUUGGAUUAUCCUGAGAAUCAUCUUUGGAUUAUCCUGAGAAUCAUCUUUGGAUUAUCCUGAGAAUCAUCUUUGGAUUAUCCUGAGAAUCAUCUUUGGAUUAUCCUGAGAAUCAUCCUUGGAUUAUCCUUGCUGAACCUUAGAAUGCUGCAAUAGCACCAAGCACAUGUAAAUGAUUGAAAGGAGCGAAUCACCAUAGAAACCAAUAAAGACUGCCCUUUUAUCGCGCAAUGAUCUAAACCAGAUAACUAUUUGUCAUUGAAAGGAUCAAUGCAUUUUGUUCGUACAAUUCCAAGUUUCAGUAUAACUGAAAGUUGAACUGCGGAAUAAUCAGUCAAUUAAUGUUCAUUAACCUUAUCUCUUUUAUGAGAUCAUUAGCGACAUUUAUAGUGAUACAAAUUACAAUUAAAACAUUCAAGAAAUGUGUUUGUAGUGCAGGUUUCGCGCACCCCCCCCCCCCCCCCCCGUGAAACCGAGGUUAAACACAAACUUUGCUGUCGGUUGUGACGCCUGACCUCGGUUUAACGCGCGCUUCACAAAGAGUUGUGGGAAGUAAUGGGUAAGGUGAGUCGCUAAAA